GUUUGACCAGACAGGAUGGGGCUGCUCAGAUCACUCUGAAGUUCGAGGAGUGUCUCACUCGAUAUCUCCAGCAAGACUGUGAUCAUGACAGCCAUGAUACAUCUGUUGUUGCUCCCACUCCUGUUCAGCGUUGCUGGUGGGAAGAAUCUGGAGGAAAAAAAGGGCCCAUUUGAGAACACUGUGCUGGAUGUGCCAGAGGGAACACCAGUGCCAUAUCCCAUACAUCAGUUUCAGGUGACCCACCCAGGUGUGAAUAAUUUCCGUCUGAGUGGAGAAGGUGGAGAAAACAUUAAGAUUUCUAAGGAUGGGUGGCUCUACCUGGACAAGCCUCUGGACUGGUCUCGAGAUAACCAUUACAUUAUGAGUGUGGAAGCGUUGGCAGAUGAUGAUAUGGUGGACGGUCCAGUUUUUGUGACCAUAAAUGUGUUGGACGUCAACAACAAUGCUCCGUACUUUAACCAGAGUGACUACACAGCCUUGGUUAGAGAAAAAACUGCAGCAGGUGUCCCAUUUACCCGCGUGUUUGCGUUGGAUCAGGAUGAUCCCGAGACCCCUAACGCUCAUCUGAGCUACAGCCUGGUCAGCCAGAUCCCCAGCAAAAAACACAUCCUCUUCCAGAUCAACCCCAUCACUGGAGAGAUCUCCACCACAAAAGAAGGGGAGCAGAUGCUAAAGGCCAGAGAGGGCAUCCAGUAUGGCAAGGGCGAAGAUCGGAGCAUUGACGCUCUGAAGACAAAGUUUAAGGACUACUGUCCAGUGCAGAACAUCCCCUAUGAAGAAAACCCCUUCUUCACCUGUGUGGAGAGAGCCGAGAUGAGGAGGCGGAAUAUUGACCCCCUGGGGGACCCAGACUACACCCUAUUUGUGCGUGUGCAGGACCUGGGAGGAGAGUCGGAGACCGCGCUGAGUGGAAACGCCAGAGUUCACAUUGUUGUGCAGCAAAACCUGUGGUUCAACCCUGGAAGGAUAACUGUUAAAGAAGAAUUACAGGAAACGUAUCCUCUGAUCAUUGCAAAGGUCCAGUCUAAUGACCCGAAUGCCAUUUACAGUUUAGUGCAGAAAGAGAGAGAGCUGAAAUUCCCCUUCCAGGUAACAGAAAAUGGAGAAAUACUCUUGACGGAGCUGCUGGACAGAGAAGACAAGGACAUGUACAUCCUGGUGGUGUUCGCAAAGGAUAACAGUGGCAACGAGGUGGAGCCGCCCAUGGAGAUUCAAGUCUUGGUGGAGGAUGUGAAUGACAAAGAACCUGUGUGUGAAAAUGAGGAGAGUGUAUUUGAGUUGCAGGAGAAUGAGCCUGUAGGCAGCCUGGUAGGACAGCUCUUGGCCCAUGAUGACGAUGAACAGGGGACACUGAACGCUCAGCUGACUUACACCAUCUUGUCCCAAAAUCCACCCACCACACCCAAUGUCUUCUCCAUCGACGCUGCUUCUGGAAGAAUUCAGGCGCUGCGCUUGCUGCAGCGAAAAGAACAGCAGGUCUAUCACCUCAAUGUCAGAGUCAGCGACCCAGCUUUCAGCACAGAUUGUAAAGUCGUCAUCAAGGUCAUUGACGUCAACAACGAGAUGCCUCUGUUUGAGAGGAACGAUUAUGGCGGCUACGCUCUUGCAGAGGACACCCCUGUCGGACACACAGUGGUGACAAUCAGAGCAACAGAUGCUGACGACCCAGAGAGCGGCAGCUCCCAUAUCAACUUCCACAUCUCUGCUGGCAAUGAUGAUGACGUUUUUGCAGUGCAAACAGACGGCAAAGGCAUCGGCCAGCUGGUCAUAGUUAAGCCUUUGGACUUUGAGUCCUCUCCCACCUACAAGCUCCAGAUUGAUGCUCGAAACCCCGAGCCGCUGCUGGAGGGCAUGGAGUACGGCAACGAAUCCACAGCCUUCGUCUUUGUGUCUGUCACUGACGUAGACGAGGCCCCGGAGUUUAGCCUGGACAUCCUGGAUGUGACUGUGCCUGAAAACACCACCAAGGGAUCAGUGCUGAUCACUGUGGAGGCAAAGGACCCAGAGGGCAAAGAGAUCGGUUUUAAGUUGGGCGGUGACGCCCGUGGCUGGCUGGAGAUCGAUGCUGCCACAGGACAGAUCAAGACCAAAGACAAGCUGGACAGAGAGAUCCUGGAGACCUUCGAGGUGUCUGUCACUGCAUUUGAGAAGGAGAACCCAGAGAAGUCCACUGAGCGUGUUUUGUCUGUGAGGCUGCUGGAUGUGAACGACAACUUCCCCAGACUGACAGAGACCCAGGCCUUCAUCUGCGUGGGGAAGCCUGAACCGGUCAUCAUCAAGGCCAAAGAUGAAGACAGUGCCCCCUUCUCCCAGCCCUUCACAUUCACCUUGGCCCACGGCAAGAAGUCGCUCAACUGGGAGCUGCGCAGUAUUGAUGGUACAACAGCUAAACUCAUCCUGAAGAAAAAAACAACUGAAGAUAAAACCUUCACACUUCCCAUUAACAUUAAAGACAAUGCAGGCAUGGGAGUCACACAGCCGUUUGAGGUGAGAGUAUGUAACUGCACAGCGCUGGGCUACUGCUACAUGGCACCAGAAGAACAUUCCUUCAGAUACGGAAUGGGAACCACCAUCGGGAUCCUAGCUGGCACUCUGGGAUUCUGUCUUAUUAUCUUCAUCAUAGUGGUCAAACGCAUCAGUAAAGGGGACAAGAAGAAGGGAAGAGAGGAAGAGAGGAACGCCCUGAUGUAGAGACCACACACACACACGCGCGCGCGC